AAUCCCUAAUUCUCUCUCUAUCUCCAUCUCUGACCACCUCUUUCCCUAUAUUACAACCCAGCCCGGAGACCCUCUUCCUCCCAUAGCCAGGCUGCUGCCUCCUCCCACUCCCGUACCCUUUUAAUCCUCCGCGAAAUCCUAUUCUUCUCCUCCCCUCCUCCCUUGGAAUCGGCCACGCGGUUCAAGGCACCGAUUUGGUGUUCGCCUUGUUCUCACAUAACAAGAUUGACCGGCCGAGCGAUUGAUCUGGAAAGAAAGGGGAGGGAGGAGAAUGGCGGAAGAGCAGCGAUGCCAGGAGGGCCACCGCCUCUGCGCGAACAACUGUGGCUUCUUCGGGAGCCCCGCGACGCUCAACCUCUGCUCUAAAUGCUACCGCGAUCACCGCCUCAAGGAGGAGCAGGAGCGACAGCAGCAGCCGGCCUCUUCUUCCGCCGCCUCGGCGAUGCUCACCGUCGCGAAAUCCUUCCCUGCCUCUUCCCCAGCCGUCGUCGUGGUUGACGAGGAGGUGAGCGGCGCCUCUGUCCCGGCCGCCCCGCCGGAGGAGACGGAGAAGAAGAAGAGCGCGGCGGAGGGGCCGAGCCGGUGCGCGAGGUGCCGCAAGAGGGUGGGGCUGACGGGGUUCCAGUGCCGGUGCGGGGCCACCUACUGCGGCGUCCAUCGGUACGCCGAGCAACACGACUGCACGUUCGACUUCAAGGCGGCCGGCCGCGCGGCCAUCGCCCGCGCCAACCCCGUCGUGAAGGCCGACAAGCUCCACAAGAUCUGAAGAAUCUCCACCCUCCGUCUCCCCCUUCCCCCGGCUCGAUGGACGGCCCCGAUCUCGUCCCGGAGGAGACCCCACUCCCUUGUGAUAUGAUGAUGAUUGACGGCUUUCUGGUGGAUUGCUUUCUCCAUUUCUUUUUUUCUUUUUUCUUUUUAGGUUCGGGUGGUGGUUAAAAAAAAGCCUGGAAAAUGUAAACUAUUAUUAAUUAGUAGUUCCCACUUAUUUCUCUUUUAA